AGGUCACUGAAAAGGGUUGUGGUAUUUUGGUAGAAGAGCUGAUUUCAAUCCCAUCCCACUUGAGAGAACUGGAUCUAAGCUUCAAUGACAUAAGAGACUCAGGCUUGAAGAAACUAUCCACGGUCCUGAAAGAUGCUGGUUGCAGAUUGGAGAACAUUAAACUCAAUUAUUGUGGUCUCACAAAGGACAGCUGUGAUGCUCUGGCAUCUGUUUUGAGAUCACAAUCCAACCUAAAAGCACUUAAUCUUGGUUAGAAUGAGCUGCAGGAUGCAGGACUGCAGUCACUCCUCAGUGGUUUUGAAGACCCUCACUGCAAAUUGACAAGCCUUCUGUUGGACGACUGUGAUAUCACAGAUAUCAGCUGUGCUCCUCUGGCAGCAAUGCUUUCCUCAGGCUCCUCUCUUACUGAGCUAGAUCUCAGCAACAACAUGCUGACAGAGUCAGGAACAAGAACUCUUUCUACUGUACGAGAUGACCCAAAAUGCCAUCUGGAGACUCUGAAUGACAGCCGAUGUGAAGGAUUCCCUGGACUCAAAAAAGAACAAGUUAACCCUCUCAAGAGACACAUCUGGAGCAGCUAAACUGAAAAGACUGAAUGAAAUCUUGAGGGACCCCACAGCUAAAUUAGAGAGCAUAAAGCUUCACAACUACACAAUGACGAAGGAAAUGAGCUCAGCUGUUGCCAAUGCUGUGAAGAAAAUAUCUUUAGGCCUAAAGGAACUUGAUCUGAGCAACACCACCCUUCAAGACUCAGAAGCACAAGUUAUUUCUGAAGGCCUAGGAAAUCCUUAUGCUAAGCUGGACAUACUACGGUUAACAAACUGCGGUAUCACUUUCCAAGGAAUCAUGCAUCUGGCCAUAGCCCUGAAGUCAAAUUCAACAAAUCUGAAAGAGUUAGACUUACACAACGAUGACCUAAGUGAUCAUGGAAUUAAGAUCCUGUGUCUGUGUCUUGAAGAUCCUUCCAACAGUCUGGAGAGGCUGAAUCUAGAGAACUGCAGAGUGAAUGAGGGUGGCUGUGCCACACUGGCCAGAGCACUACAGUCUAACCCUGGCCAUCUCAAAGAGCUGUGUUUGAGCUAUAACCACAUUGGUCAAACAGGAAUUCAAAGCCUUGCAGAUCUCUUGAAGAGUAGUGUCAUAGAAACGCUUCAGCUAUCUCACUGUAGAAUCACACAAGAUGGUUGUGCAGCUCUAGCAUCGGGUCUGCGCUAUAAGCCAUCUCCUUUGAAACAGCUAGAUCUUAGCAGUAAUACACUGGAAGAUUCAGGAGUAAAGGCAUUGCUUGCGUUUCUUCAAGACAAAGACUGCAAACUUCAUACAUUGAAGCUUGCAAAUUGCAGUGUUUCACAGAACGGGUUUGGCUACCUGGGGCGUGCACUCAGGUCCAAUCCCACUCACAUUAGAAAACUGGAUCUAUCCAACAAUGCAUCUGGGGAAGAUGCCAUCCGAACACUAUUUGAGGCCAUCCAGGACACACACUGCAAACUGGAGGAACUGAAACUUUGUUGGUGUAAGCUGGGUGAGAACAGCUGUCCAUAUCUUUCGUUGGUGUUGAGCUCCAAUUCCAGUCUCCGAACCCUGGACCUGAGCCAUAACAAACUACAGAGCACAGGGGUUCAACACCUGGCUAAAGGACUGGCAAGCCCAGUCUGUCAUGUGGAAAGUCUAAGGCUGUCCCAAUGCCACAUAACAGAGGAAGGUUUCAUUGCCCUGGCCACAGCCCUUCAUACCAACCCCUCCCACCUGAAGGAGUUGGACAUCAGCAAGAAUAAGCCUGGAGCUUCAGGCAUACAGCAACUCACAGACAUCCAGAGGAACCCUCAAAGCCUGCUUAGGAAACUAGACACAUCUCCAUACACCAGGCAUACAAGCACAUGAGAAGAUUACCUUCAUCCAGCAAGUAAAAAAGAUGGCUGCAUUGCUAAAGGAAAACUAGCUUUUUCACAUUAAUGAAUCACCUUAACACAUUGAAUACAUGCAGUGUUUACAGAAUGUCUGCAUUUGAAACCUUUUUUGACAUUCUUUUGUAGUCACAGCAUAAUUUGUGAAAGGGACACCCGUUGAAGCAUGUUAUGGCUAGUUUGAAAGGUGAGACUAUACUCUUACUGGGUGCUCUUCAGCAUAGGGUGCCUGGGUCUCAGUGCAGCCCAUUACCUCCCUGAAAGAAUUCAGCACUUUGACAAAUAAUUAUUAACACCCUUCUUAUAACAUUGUAAUUACAGCUUGUAGGCACACACAAAUACAUGAUGUAAGUAACAUAUUGAUACAUGGUGUUACAUGUUAUUACAAGUUAUUAUAUGGUGUGACGUCAUCGGUCGAAUGCUCCAUUCAUUUCAACGGGGCUCCCCAACGUUCGCACGUCUGUUAUUUUUCGAUAACGGACGGGUUGGUCUAUAACAGACCGCUGUCAAUGGCAACAAGACUUUUCACUGCUAAAGUGACUUUUCAACAAGACUCUAAUCAGCUGCUGUGAUAGACAACACCUGUUGUCCUGGCUACCUAGCUGUUGCCUAGCGGUGUUCCACAACGGCACUGUUUUGUUUUGCGCAGCAACAAUCUUAACAUUAAAUAGGCCUAAAGAAAUGUCCCCGCCAUGUGUGAAUCAUUUAAGUAUAUCCAUAUAAUAAGCGGGUUAACUUUCGGCGAGUCGGUCGCUUUGUGGAAUAGCAGCACUUCAGAGAGAACAAGACACCUCCGCUCCGCGUCGGGGUCUGAAGAUUCUCUCUGUCGUGCUGCUAUUCCACGGUAGCGACCUUCUCGUCGAACGUUAACCCUUACUUAUUACACUGGUUAUUACACUGUACCUAAUAUGGUAGAUCCACUAGCCUGAUAAACCAGCCUAAAUGUGAGACCGGAGUAAUUUAGUCUGGCCCCGAUGAACAAUACCUGGCUGGGACGACUGCUGAUGAGAACAACCUGUUGUUUUUUCAAACCAUGCCAGCGCUCUGACCAAUCGCCGAUCUUUGCCGUUGGUGUGCUUUCCCAACGGUGUUGCAAGCUUCGUCGUCACUCCCUCAAAACCCCGCCCGCUUUGAUUCAAAACAAAUCUCUGCGUUGUAAUUGGUUUUGCCAGACUCAGGGCACAGUAUUCAAAACGUUCUCAGAUCCGAGGCCAGACCCACUCGCAGCUAAAAAGUUUCAGGCUAUAGAUCCACAGUGAUAGUGAACCCUUAAAAUAGUGUUAAAACGCUGUCACACACAAUGUGUUCUGUGCUUAGUACUUUCCUGCUUUUUGUCCAUUGUCCAACAUUAUAUCUGUAUUAUAUUUGUAUAUAUUAUUCUUUUUGCACUUUUCUUCACAUCUUAAAAUUAAUCACGCCCCUUUUGUCUAUGUUCUUAUUAUGCUUUUAAUAUUAUUCAUUUAAGAAGCAAGGGUAUUAUAUAGAUGUUUAGAGAAUUAGGCAGGUGCGUUCAAGGUGAGAGGUAGGUUUGUAUAUUAUUCAUUUAACAGGUUUUGAAUAUUAAAAAAGGCACAUGAAAAACAGAUAAUUUAGAUAAAUGCAACA